AUGGCCGCGCUCAUCAUCGAUCGUCUCAACGACGAUAUUCUCCUCCUCAUCCUCUCCUAUCUCGCAAAGCGAACUCUCUGCACCUUUCCUUUCGAUAGCUAUACCUUCUUCGUCUCCUGGUGGCAUGAGAAUAUCGGCACCAACGCUCAUUAUGUCCGUAAGAUGGCGAUCUAUGUCGACUUCGACAGCGUACCAACGCUCCCCGACGUCUUGUUUGCAACCGAGAACAUCAUUUCCCUCGAGAUGCCUGCGCGAGCUCCGGAAACUCUCUGCGAUUCGGUCGAGGACAACAUGCUGCCGACGAUCCAAAACAUCCCCUCUCCCAAUCUCACGAGCCUCUGUCUAGGCUAUAAAGGGAGAACACACGCUUGCGACGACCUCCCCUCCCUCAUCUCCGUAAUCAGAUCCUUCCCUCGUCUGUAUGCUCUGAUUCUAGAGCGCUUUAAGCCGGCCACCAUCGACAUCGCCAACUACCCGCUAUUCACCUCCAUCCAGGAUCUCACCUUCAAUGUCACCGGGCUCGCAGCGACAGAUCUCAUUUAUCUCUGUCCCAACGUCACCUCCCUGAGACUUAGUCUCUAUCAUCCGCACAAAACGGGCGCUCUCGAAUCCCGACCGAGAUGGCGCGGGCCCUCGCCGAUCCCUCGACUCACCCUCACGAUUCUGCACAUGCAUGCCAGAAACCUCAUAGUCUCGUUGCUGGAACAGCAAGCCUUGCGCGCAACACACGUUCGAUUCCCCAUGGUCUGGAAUUUCACCCAGGAUGGUAUCUCGACCACACAUUCCCGAUUCACGCGCAUCUUCGACGUGCUAAAGCCGUACUCCCUCUACCUGGAGAUAUCAGCAACAUGGCAUGCCAAGCUGUCUGAUCGCACGGGAACCCUCUGGCAAGAGGUCGCCGCAGCCGCCCCGCACCUGCGCGCGCUCGUGCUCGAUGUGAACUCAGUCGACGACAGCCACCCCGAUGGCGAGGGGCCGCAGUUAUGGGCGCCCCCGGACGCGCUCGUGGCGGAGCUCGCCCAGCUCCCGCUCGUCUGUGUUCAUCUCAAGGCGGACCCCGAAUUGUUGGAACGGAAGGGGGACGCGGAUCUCCUACGCCUCCGCGCGCUCGCCGCGUUCCCCAGGGAGCUCGCUGAAGCCGUUCCCACACUGCGUGUCGUAGGCGUAUCGGAUGGGUGGGGCCGGUUGGAGGGCGUACGAUCGACGCGGUGGUGGCGCGUCGAGCGCGGCUCCGGCGACGACGCGGUGGCGCGGUCGCUGGUCGAGCUCUGGCGCGAGGACGGGGAGCGGGCGCUGCGGCUGGUGCAGAACGAGGCGUUUUGUGCGUCCGAUCUUGACGGCAUCUAUUCGGAGAAGUGCCGAUACAUGGGGGAGUAA